ACACAAGUCGCCCAAGACUUCAUUUCAGUCAAGUGCUAUACACAAGUGGCAGCCUCUCCCCUCUUGCUGUGAACAUGCUGGGCAAAUGAACUUUCUAUGAGCCUUGCGGGCGAGUGAUGGUCCCGUGAGGCUAUGCCUAGGCAAACUGAUACACAAAGAUGUCGAGCAAGACCACUCGUGGACUUGGUGCCUUGCUCACCUUGUGUGCCCCCUGCUUCGUCGCUGCAAGGUGCUCGGCGACCUUGUACCAGCCACCACUCAUCGGUGGCCACCACCCACCCUGAUAGUCGCGGAUAAGCCGUCGCUCCUGGCUCGGCUCGCGCGAUUGUGGCCUGCACCCGACUCAAAUUUCAACGAACGGACGGCAAUUGAGAUGGCGCUUCAUCGCCGCCCUCUCUCCGCUCUUGCACUUCUUCUUGUCCAUCCAUCGCUGCUCACCCUCCUAUUCACCAACAUGACCGUCGAUACCGCACAGAUGGAUAAUACGACAGCCUCGUCGAGCAAGGGCUCAGCUCCUACCCUCACCACGCUGGAGGCAACCCUCUGCUCCCCAUCACCCCCCACACCUCUUGACGCUCAAUUUCGAGCCCUCUUUAGCAUCAAGUCGCUCUGCACCGCCGACAACGCCCCUUCAGGAUUCAUGCCCGAAGGAAUUCGCAUCAUCGGCUCUGCCCUCUCCUCGAGUGACUCUGCCCUGUUGAAGCACGAGCUGGCCUACGUCCUCGGCCAGAUGCAGGACACGCGCGCCAUUCCCACCUUGACCAAAGUGCUCGAGGAUGAGGCCGAGCAUGCCAUGGUCAGGCAUGAGGCUGCCGAGGCUAUGGGAGCUAUCGGAGAUCAAGGCGCGCUGCCUAUCCUGGAGAAGUAUCGAGAGGACAAGGAUGUGAGCGUGAGGGAGACUUGCGAGCUGGCAAUUAGGAAGAUUCAAUACGAGAGUGGGGUGAAGGCACCGAAGAGCAAGGACGAGGAGAACCCCUUCGCACCGAUCGACCCCGCCCCCGCCUUCCCUGUCACCACCUCAAAGCAGCCCGGCGCAUCAGCAGCCUCAACUUCCUCUACCGAGCUCCUCUCCUCCAUCCCCUCAUACCGCACUACCCUCCUCGACCCCAGCCAAUCACUGUUCGACAGGUAUCGCGCCAUGUUCUCUCUGCGUAACGUGGUCCACGCCGCUCGAAGAGCGAGCGAGUCGCCCUCCCUCUCUGCCGUCGAGCGUCAAGAGACCCUCGCAAAGGGUGGUGAGGCCGUACUGGCCCUCUGUGACUCCCUAUCCGACAAGUCGGCUCUGUUCAGGCACGAGAUCUGCUUCGUCUUUGGCGAGCUGGCGCACCCUGCCUGCGUACCGGCCAUGCUGCGCGUACUGAGCGAUGACAAGGAGCACGAGAUGGUGCGCCACGAGGCUGCUGAGGCUUUGGGAGCUGUGGUGGAAGACGGGGAAGAAGGGGAAGGCAAAGGGGAGAGUUUGACGGAGCAGGUCAUGAAGGAGCUCAAGCGCUGGGCUGAGGAUAUGCAGGCGCCUCGGGUAGUCAGGGAGAGUUGUGUGGUUGCGCUGGAUGAGAUGGCGUACAACAAUGAUCCGAGCCAAUUUCAACCGGUGGAGUAGGGGAGUCGCUUUAUUGCGAUGUAUGCCUUGCAAUAUCAUCAGUCUAUAUCUCAUUGCUGC